AUGGAGGCCGAAGCAGGCCGUGUGGCCCUGAAGAAAGAAGGAAUAAGACGUGUUGGAAGAAGACCUGAUCAACAACUUCAGGGGGAAGGGAAAAUAAUUGAUAGGAGACCGGAACGGCGACCACCUCGCGAAAGGAGAUUUGAAAAACCACUUGAAGAAAAGGGUGAAGGGGGAGAGUUUUCCGUUGACAGGCCCAUUAUUGACCGGCCUCUCCGGGGGCGCGGUGGCCUUGGAAGAGGGCGCGGUGGCCGGGGCCGUGGCAUGAGCCGAGGAGAUGGGUUUGACUCUCGUGGCAAGCGUGAAUUUGAUAGGCAUAGUGGAAGUGAUAGAUCCAGCCUGAAGCACGAGGACAAGCGAGGAGGUAGCGGAUCUCACAACUGGGGCACCGUCAAAGACGAAUUAACAGAGUCCCCCAAAUACAUUCAGAAACCACUGUCUUAUAAUUGCAGUGACUUGGAUCAAUCAAAUGUGACCGAGGAAACACCUGAAGGUGAAGAGCACCCUGUGGCAGACACUGAAAAUAAAGAGAACGAAGUUGAAGAGGUUAAGGAAGAGGGCCCAAAAGAGAUGACUUUGGAUGAGUGGAAGGCGAUCCAGAAUAAAGACCGGGCAAAAGUAGAAUUUAAUAUUCGAAAACCAAAUGAAGGUGCUGAUGGGCAGUGGAAGAAAGGAUUUGUUCUUCACAAAUCAAAGAGCGAAGAGGCUCACGCCGAAGAUUCUGUGAUGGACCAUCACUUCCGGAAGCCUGCAAACGAUAUCACGUCCCAGCUGGAGAUCAACUUUGGAGACCUUGGCCGCCCAGGGAGGGGUGGCAGGGGAGGACGAGGCGGACGUGGGCGUGGAGGGCGCCCAAACCGUGGCAGCAGGACUGACAAGUCGAGCGCUUCUGCCCCGGAUGUGGAUGACCCGGAGGCCUUCCCGGCUCUGGCCUAACUGGAUGCCCUGAGACGCCCUGGUUCCUCGGUGGAUCCUCUUGUUCAAAGCUUUGCAUGCUUAAAGUUUCAAACAACUAAGAAAUUUAAAAAGGAAAAAAAAAAAGACUGUCAUUCAUACCAUUCACACCUAAAGACUGAAUUUUAUCUGUUUUGAAAAUGAACUUCUCUCGCUACACAGAAGUAACAAAUAUGGUAGUCAGUUUUGUAUUUAGAAAUGUAUUGGUAGCAGGGAUGUUUUCAUAAUUUUCAGAGAUUAUGCAUUCUUCAUGAAUACUUUUGUAUUGCUGCUUGCAUAUAUGCAUUUCCAAACUUGAAAUAUAGGUGUGAACAGUGUGUACCAGUUUAAAAGCUUUCACUUCAUUUGUGUUUUUUAAUUAAGGAUUUAGGUGUCCUCCAAUUACAGACUGGUUUUAAAUAUUGGACGUACUAUUGGUUUUAAAACCUGCUUUGCAUUUUCACACAUGGUCAAAUGGGACGUGUAAACUUUGAUUUGUCAGAUUCUAUGCUGUGUGGAAUACUAACUACUCUAUGUAUUUUAACUUAGUUUUAAUACUUUCAUUUUUGGGGAAAAGUCUUUUUUCACUUCUCACAAUAGCUGUUAUAUAUGCUAAAUCUUUAUAUACAGAAAUACCAGUACUUGAACAGAGUCAAAGCACAGUGGUUUAUUAACCCCCGCUCUGCCGCAUGGUUCCUGAGGGUCGGAUUUACUUGGCUGUAAGCUCAGCUGGAUCACCUUAGGCUGUGACUUUCCCGUCUAGCGUGAGUGGGUUCUGUGGGGUGUGGGGUGGGCAGACCGAGCAGUCGGCUGAAGUGGGCGGGACCUUUACACUGCCGUGAGUCUGGCCCUGGUGUGGUCCUGUGUGGAAAGUAAAUCUGUAGUCAGCAGAAGCCAGAGGCCCUGGUCUACACGGCGAGGCGGAUGUUCUCUAGGUUUCUGGCAGGAGGAAAGCAGACGGCUUUACUUUGUAAGGUUGGGACAGCAGCACCAUCCAUAAAACACAAGCCACAGUUGUAUUGCUCGUGACUUUCCUGUUCGGUCACUCCUCGGUCUUCAGCUGGGGAGGGUGUGGGCCCCGGAAGGGGAGAGCGGGAGGGAGGUCAGCCGGGCUCCUGCAGGGCCAGUGGUGCCAGGGCCCCUUAGCAAGUGUCCGUGGCGACAGCCAUCAGCCAGUAGGGUUGCUAGGAGUUUUUUUCAUUUUGCCACAUUCAUUGAUUAAAUGGGGAAGGAAUUCUGUUUAAAAAGUUUUAACACUUCUGUCAUUCUAUUGUCAGACAUUUUCUACCUCUAGUAAUUUCCAGUUUUAAAAGUAUCAGCGAUCCUAACCUUAAGCAUGCCUGCCGCUCAGCUGACUGGUAUCAGGAGCCUCCCGGGCGCUGGACCAGCCCUGUCCCUGUCCCUGUCCGGCGCCCGCUGGUCUCGGGGGAGAGGGCGGAGCGACGCUGCCCAGCGUCCUGCUCUGGUGCUAACGUCGAGUGUUGUCCCUGCCCCGAGACCCCAGGGCCGCUGCCCGGAGCACGUGUGUACGUGGCAGCUCACUGCUGUUAGGAUGCCUGGCUGUCACCGCGUCACCAGGAGCACGGCAGCCCUGCAGUCACAGGCAGGCAGCCUACACCCGAGAGCCGGUCCACUGGCUGCGUGUGAUGUGAAUUUCCCUCCUAGUUCACUUUGUGUCAAGAGCUAAAACUGUGAACCUAACUUUCUCAUUGGGUAAUAACUGAAAAUAAAGAUUUAUUUUCAUGUUCAGUUCUUAAAGUCAUAAAAGCAAUCAAACAGCC